CCGGCGCACCGGGGCCAGUUCUCGCGCUGCUGGCACUUCCCGGCCGUACCCCACAGCGCCGCUCGGGAGCCGCGACCGCUUCAGGCACGCGUGCGGCCAUCGCCGCUUUAAAGGCUUUUUCUGACGCACGCGCAGCGCGGGGAGAGAGGGGGCGCGGCGCGCGGGGCGGCGCUCCGUACGGCCCCUCCUCCCGCUAUAAGGGCGGCGGGCGGCGCGCGGCGCAGCACUGCCGGGUGCUGCUGCGGUUCAGCGCAUGCGCGUCGCGUUGGCGGCCGCGCAAGGACAUGCGGAGCUGCGCGGUAUUAGGGGAAUGCAAACUGCAAGAAGCCUGUCACCCCCUGUGAGUUUCUAGAAUUGGGAGACAUCACAGAACCAUACACAAUGUCAACUGCAGGAGUUGCUGCUCAGGAAAUGAGAGUCCCACUGAAAACUGGAUUUCUUCAUGCUAGUCAAGGCAUGGGGGGUCUGAAAACCUGCUGGGGUAGCCACAAUGGAUUUGAGAAUACUUUCUUUAACGUGGAUCCCAUAGCAGUGGCAUAUAACUUGAAUCCACCAGCAGAGCAUCGUUUACCACCCAUUGGGCACUCCUCCAACUGCGUUUUCACAAAUGACCACGGCACUGCUGAAAGCUGCAUCCAAGUCCCAUCUCAGAAAUCUAGUCCAGCUCCUGUAAGUCCCAAAAAUGAACAGCCAAUUUCAAGAUAUGAAGACCAGCUCAUUCCUGGCUUUAGUAAACUGUCAUUAACCACAGGCUGUGUUUCUGAAGAAACACCUCCUCAUAUGCCAAUUAAGAAUGGGCCAAUUCAAUUUCUGUCUGCAUCCUCCCAUGAUCGUAGCUCCAGGCCACUGCCCCCUCUGCCUGUCCCUGAGGAUAUUACUCCAGACGAGGUUGACAGAGAAGUGGAAUUCCUGACUAGCUCAGAUACAGACUUCUUGUUAGAAGAUUAUGGACUUCCUCCGUUUAAAUCCAGUGGUUCGAGUCGGCGGAGCUUUAGAGGUUGUGGACAAAUCAACUAUGCAUAUUUUGAUGCUCCAACAGGACCAAAACCAGAAGAUGCCAACCCUGCACAGAGCCUAAAUGAAUGCAUAUCCAGUGUCUGCCCUCCUCCACAGCAGCUGCAUCGACGUUUGCGAAGGUCCCACUCAGGACCAGCUGGCUCUCUUAACAAACCGGUAGCGAGACUAUCUGGACACUUAAACAGGUCUUCUCCAAACUCUGAUGAAGAUAAACCAGAGAUCCCCCCAAGGGUUCCCAUCCCUCCAAGGGCUCUCAAACCAGAUUACAGAAGGUGGUCAGCAGAAGUUGCUUCCAGCGCAUACAGUGAUGAAGACAGGCCUCCCAAAGUUCCCCCUAGAGAACCUUUGUCUCGUAGCAAUUCCCGUACUCCAAGUCCUAAAAGCCUGCCAUCGUACCUCAAUGGGGUUAUGCCCCCCACCCAAAGUUUUGCACCUGAUCCUAAAUAUGUCAGCAACAAAGCUCUACAAAGACAAAAUAGUGAAGGGUCUUCCAACAGGGUCCCUUGCAUUCUUCCAAUUAUUGAAAAUGGAAAGAAGGCCAGUUCGACACACUACUAUCUGCUGCCUGAAAGGCCUCCCUAUCUGGACAAGUAUGAGAAAUUCUUCAGAGAGGCAGAAGAAACUAGUUCUAAUACAGAGGCUCAGUCCUGGUCUGGUGACUGCAUGGCCACUUCAGUCCCAACAAGACUGGACUCAAAACCUAGAAUGGACAUAGCUGGUCAUCUGAAACGAAAGCAUCUGUCUUACGUGGUUUCUCCGUAGUCUCUGGGAGCACAGCUCACCUGGGUUGUUGAGGAUGGAUGGAGCUAAAUUUUACCAUGUUAAAAACAUCUUAAGGUUCUCAAAUAAAGUAGGACUGGUUUGUCCUUUGAGAACUAGGUAGUGGAUGGUAAAGUACUCUUAGGCUGCAUCUCUCUGGUAUGUUUCUUAGACUGUGUUUUGUCUUGGUACAUAUACCUGAAAACUGACAAAGAUUGCACAGAAACAUACAGAGAUGGUAGUUGCAGUUGGCCAGUUAUAUGCUACCUUAGAUAAGUGUAUCAUGUUAUCAAAAUAAGCCUAAAAAAAAAAAAAUCUAACUUUGCUUAUGAGUUCCUUACAAACCUGACAACAGAGCAGAUAAUGCAGUACAGUUUUUGUAUCAGGCAUUUCUAAAGUUUCUUUUGCACAGUAACUCUGCCAAGAAGAGAUUCUAUUCUCUUUCACUAUGAUAUGCCAACCUGGUAAGAGGGUGACUGCAACAUCACAUAGAUAACUGAUAACUUUCAGGCCUGUUGAGCAUACUGAAAAUAUCUUUAGAAUAUUGAAUCCAUCUUACAACUUAAUUGGUAACCAGUAGACUUACUUUCAAAGUGAAGCAGCGUGGAACUGAGAUAGGCUUUGUGGAUUCUUUUAGUUCCUGGACACUUGGCUCAAUUUUGCAGUUCUUCCUAUGAGAGACAGAUAUGGACCAGAUACUGCUAAGCUUCUGCUGCUGCUGCUGUUUUUCUGCUGGAUCCUAGAAAGGUAUAAAAGUGUCAGAAAAGUGGCAGAGGAUAUGAGCAAGUAUAUGAUUGCUGUAAGUAGGCCACAACAACUACGUGCUCAUCUUGCAUCUGAAAUCGGGUGUAUUAAACAUAACACAAGCUGGUCUUGUGUUCUGGUUUCUACUCAGUAUUUUAGAAGAGGAGGAGAAUAUGGGGAAAAAAAUAUGAUUCCACUUACGAACAGUGUCACUCCUGUCUGUCUCUGCUUCUGACACUGUUUCUUGCUGUUUAAUUUUUCCUUGUUCUGCUUCUGUGUUCUGGUAAAGUUCACUGAGUUGCCACGUUUGUGCAUUCGCAGUUUCUCAUGAUUACAUUUAUCCUCUUGCAGAUAAGCACAGAAGAAAGGGUGCUCUUUAACGGAGGUACAAAAGAUGAAUGUGUUCCUCCUAACAGAAACAGACGAGCUGUUUACAAUUUGAACUGCUGAAUGAGAUGUUUGAGCUAUUUUAAAGCUUACUUUUUGUUUUAGUACAAACUAAAUGAAGGUGAAAUACAUGCUAUAGAAAUGCACUGAUAUUUCUGCAUCAUGUACAGUAUUGAAUAAAGAAGAAUUCACUUUGUAUUUUGAAUAUUGUCAUGUCUUGAGUUUAAUAAAGUUAUAAUAUACUUAUUUAUGAUA